CGUUCUUCACCCUCCGUAAAUCUCUCCCUAAUGUCGGCCGACCUCGAUUCUGGCUCAACAUGCGUUCACCUGCUGGUGCUAAUUCACGGCAUGUGGGGCAACCCAGUCCACCUCUCUGAAAUGCGCCGGGUCAUGGAGGAGCGCCGCGGCCAGGCCGAGUCUGAGAAGGGCCCCGGCGGCGAGCAGUUGCACGUACUCGUUGCGGAGACCAACAAAGACGACUCGACGUACGAUGGAAUCGACUGGGGAGGCGAGCGGGUAGCUGAAGAGAUCACAGAGGAGGUCAAGAAGUUGGAGAAGAAUGGCAAGAAGGUGACCCGCUUCUCCGUGACUGGAUACAGUCUAGGCGGUCUCAUCUCGCGUUAUGUGGUCGGUAUCUUGCACCAACGAGGCUUCUUUACCUCAGUAACACCCGUCAACUUCAACACAAUUGCAACGCCUCAUAUCGGUCUCCCUAAAUACCCGACUACGAUCUCUUCACUAUUCGCCUUCUUUGGACCCAAACUCCUCUCGCGAACGGGGGAGCAGUUCUACGUAGUCGACAAGUGGUCGAAAAAUGGCCGACCGCUCCUCGAGGUCAUGGCAGAUCCAAACCGCCUGUUUUACCAGGCCCUCACUCUUUUCCAACAUGUCCGUAUAUAUGCCAACGCGGUGAAUGACGUCACUGUGCCGUAUCCCACUGCGGCGAUAGAGCAAGAUGACCAUUUCAUCAACCACGAAAAGAACGGCAUCCAAGUAGAGUUUGACGAAGAAUACUCCCCUAUAAUGAAGUCAUAUACCUACCCGACUUCGAUCGUCCAGCCACCAAAGCCACGACUCCUCUCCGCGCAGUGGUUCAAACAGAAGAAGCCCAGCCGUCCCCUCCUUCCACCCGCGUUACAGUUCGGCUUCCCUUACAACGUCCUCAUCUAUGUCCUUACCCCCGUCCUCAUUCCGCUAGUCCUGACCCUGAUCAUCACCCGCCUCUCGCUCGCUUCCCGCGCAUCCCGGACGCGCAUCAAGAAGCUCGAGAAGGACGAGUCCAGCACGGAGCGCCUCGUGCACAUUAUCGGGCGCCUCGAGCGCGAGGUCGAGGAGGCCGUCGUUGACAUGUUCGACGGCACCGACGCAGGCGCAGGCGCGGGCGCGGACACGCACGCGUCUACCCCGUCUUCCUCCGCACCAACCCUUGCCGUGGCCGCCACUGAUAGCCCGAAGAGCGAGGCCCAGGCGCCGCGCGAGCCGGGCCUCGUGCUGAACGAGACACAGCGCAAGCUUGUGACUUGGCUCAACACGCUACCGGGCUUGAAGAAGGAGCUUGCGUUCAUCGACCCGGUGAGAAACGCGCAUGGGACCAUCAUCGCGCGGGACGUGAAGCGCUUCCCGUCGCACAAGAUCGGCGAGGGCGUUCUCAGGCAUUGGGCGGACCACUUUAUCAUCUGAGCCGCGGUUAGUUUGGGUUUGUUAGAGAUUUAGAGCGUUUGUUUGUAACUUAUACCAUUGGCUUAAUAUACGGGAAA